AGGAAGAAGCUAAUUUGUUACAAUAAACAUUAUGUAGGGAGACACAUGAUGCUAAUACAUGCCACAUUCACACAUGUACUGAGGUGUUGAAUCGGUUAAAUUUUUAUUUAAUUGAUCUAUUCUAGAGAAAAAAAUCUUUUGAAUCAAUGGAUUUAUGCCUCGGAAAAUGGAUACCUAUUGUGAUACUCUUGCUGACAUUCAGUUACAAUGUAAAUGCAGCCAGAGGAGGCCGAAGAGGUGGGUCUAAAAAAUCUGGCAGCAGAGCAGGUUCCAGAAUGCAGAUCUUCAUACCGAGGAAUCAAGAUGGUGCCAGUUACUAUGAUAAUACAAAUGGUGCCAGGAUAAUCAAAUCUUCUCAUUUUGAAAUGGAUUACAUGCUUGGACGUAAAGUCACAUUUUUUUGUAUGGCUCAAGGGAUUCCAAGACCACAUAUUACCUGGUUCAAAGAUGGUGUUGAGCUCUACUUUCAUAAAUGUUUUCAGGUGCAUGAAUGGGCUAUUGGCAAUGAUACAUUAAAGUCUAAGAUGGAAAUUGAUCCAACAACGCAGAAAGAUGCUGGGUAUUACGAGUGUCAAGCAGAUAAUCAGUAUGCCCUCGAUAAAAGAGGUUUUCGAACUGACUACGUUGUUUUUACUCUUUAAUAUGGCUUAUUGUGAUGAUAUUUUACUGUGCUACUAUGAGAAUUUGGUUUAUUUUGCAUGUCAAAUAUAUCCAUUAAAAAGUGA